AUGAAAACAGAUUGUGUAAGGUGUAGCGUGAUAGGAUUAGCUGCUGAGUUAUUUAUUUGUAAAAGAAUGGCCACAGCAACCGGUGGAGAGCAUGGUGUUUCAUUGGAUGAUAAGCAUUACAAAGAGCAGUUAAAUAUGCACAUAGAUCCACCACCAGCUGCAACCAGAUUGGAUGCUGCUCUUGUAAAGAUGGGUUUCCCUCAUCAUGCUUUACAGUCUUCUGGAACUGAAACAUCCAUGGCAGUGUGCAUGUGCCAUGCAGUGAGCGCAGACGAAACUGUUAAACUUACAAGUACAGGAUAUCUGUGUCCACAGUGCCUUAGUAAACAUUGCGAACUUCCUGUUGAAUGUAGAGCCUGUGGACUCACCUUGGUAUCUGCUCCUCAUUUAGCUCGAUCUUAUCAUUAUUUAUUCCCUGUUGAGUCAUUUAGAGAAGUACCAUUUGAAGGAACGCCCUCAAUUUGUUACGGCUGCCAAAAAACUUUAUCCCAAAAAGACAAAAAGAUAUACAUUUGUAACAAAUGUAAUCAAACGUUUUGUUUGGACUGUGAAAUAUUUAUUCACGAGUCUUUACACACGUGUCCAGGCUGUGCAACAAAUCCAGAUACAUAUCAAAGGUCCACGGAAAUAACUUAAUGUACUGAAUGUAUGUAGGGUAAUAUUAAUAAUUUUAAUUAUUUUGUACUAAAUAUUUUAAUAGUGAAUACUGUGAUCUAGAAUCGGUUUUAUAUAGAAGAAAUUCUUAGAACUGAUUGAUUCAUGAUACACGUAUAUGAAGAUCUCCUUUUCCAAGAAAGGAAUAGAUAAAUGAAAAGAUAAAUAAGUUACAAAAAGUAA